AACUGCAUAAAAAAGUUUCUCCAAAUGAGCUCAUCCUGGGCUGAUACGCUACAGGCCAUGACAUCACAGAGCACUCUGUGCUGAUCCAUGAGUACUACAGCCGGGAGGCCCCCAACCCCAUCCACCUCACUGUGGACACAAGUCUCCAGAACGGCCGCAUGAGCAUCAAAGCCUGUGUCAGCACUUUAAUGGAUGUCCCCUGGAGGACCAUGAGAGUGAUGCUCACAACUCUGAAAGUGAAAUAUGCAUACUAUGACACUGAACGAAUUGGAGUUGACCUGAUUAUGAAGACCUGCUUUAGCCCCAAACGAGUGAUUGGACUCUCAAGUGACUUGCAGCAAGUAGGAGGGGCAUCAGCUCGCAUCCGGGAUGCCCUGAGCACGAUGUUGCUGCACGCAGAGGAUGUACUGUCUGGAAAGGUGUCAGCUGACAAUACUGUGGGCCGAUUCCUGAUGAGCCUGGUUAACCAAGUACCCAAAAUAGUUCCUGAUGACUUUGAGACCAUGCUCAACAGCAACAUCAAUGACCUGCUGAUGGUGACCUACCUGGCCAACUUCACGCAGUCACAGAUUGCCCUCAAUGAGAAACUUGUAAACCUGUGAACGGGCCCCAGGCAGUAUACCUGCUGGUCUGGGUCUCAACCCCAGGACCCAGAAGUGAAGGAGAAAUGGGUUUUUUGUGGUCUUGAGUCACACUGAGGCAGUCAACUGCCUGUGACUCUAAUAAACAUAGCCUACCUUUUGUAAA